AUGGCUCAGUUCGAGCUUUUUCGUCGGCACCCCCGUAUCGCUCUGCUGACCGCUAUUACUGUGGCGGCGGUGGGCGCCCUGUCCCCAAGGCCUUCCUUCAUCCCCAUCACCAUCCUCCUUGCACUCAUGCAAGCGUAUACUCAAAUUAUAUCUAAACGACCAUCCUCCUCGUUAUUACACUCUCUUCUCCUGGUCGCCAUCUCCGGUCUCGCCACAAGUCUGGAUCACAUCUCAACUGCCAAAGAUGCACUCUCUUCAGCAACAAGCUCCGUUAUAUCGCUAUUCAUACUCUCCGCGGCCGCAUCAUUUGUCACAAUGGCAGCUAUUCUUGCAAACGUCUUUGCCUGCAGACACGCCCAAGUAUCCGAUACCCAACUCAUACUCUUCCCUGCCAUCUGGGUGACGACCUGGCAAGUAAUUGCUAAUAUCAGUCCUCUGGGCUGGCUCACGACGUGGUCACCAGUCGUCGGAAUUGAGGCAUACUCCUGGAUGAGGCCUGUUUUUGGCUCGUGGGGCAUCAUGUGGGUCAUGGCAUCAUGGGCUCAAGCAAUCGGAAUGCUCGGUCAGCUUACGGCGAAACGCGUCGCCACUCUUACACCGCGACGCUCGGCUAUCGCUUUAGCUGCCGUGCUUAUAGCGCUGACCGUGCCAUCUUACUCCGACCGUGUCUACCCAUUGCCUUCGAUGUCACCUAACUCUACCCCAAUCACGGUUGCAUGCGCCUUACCUCCUCCUGUUCUUCCCGGACAGUCUACUCUCGACACCUACGUGACGGAAACUCAGAAACUGGUCAAAGAUGCGAAGAUUAUCCUCUGGCCAGAGGGUGCGGUUCGCUUCGAGAACAUGAAGGACCGCGAAGCAGCCAUCGAAAGAUUACAGAAAUUCUCAGGUGCUACCCACAGUAGCUAUAUUGGGAUGACAUUCGAACAGACGAUAUCAUUGGAUCACGGGGGUCAAAAUGGUCGUGCUCGAACGCAGAACGGAUUGGCACUUGUAGGAGGGAAAGAGGGCGUUGUGUUCGAAUAUUAUAAAAGAAACUUAGUCCCAAUCGCGGAGUCCUUUAACAUGAUUUCAUCCCAGGACCCACCAACUAUACAUGAACUUGCUUUACGACAAAACAGAUACGACAAACACCCUCGACCUAUUUCCCUUACAGCAUCCAUAUGCCUCGACUUUGCCUCUCCCAACGCUUUCAGCGAUCUUCCCUCCCGUCCCGCUCUCAUCCUCGCUCCAGCCCGAACCUGGGAAACGGAUGUUAGCAUCGCGAUGUGGGAGCAGGUGAAAGCACGCACCGCAGAGACCGGGAGCAUCGCGCUUUUCUGCGAUGGAGGCAAUGGUGGAGUGAGUGGUGUCGUAGGACAGGGUAUGAGCGAGCCGACUCAGGUCGGAAGUGGGUCGUGGGUGAGGACUGUGGCGGUGGAAUGGCCCUUUGACGAUUCGCGGACGAUCUAUGCGGCAGCGGGAGAUUGGAAGAUGCUUGCAUUUGUGUGGGCACUCUGUGGCGUCGCGGUGACCGCGGAGUUGGGAGCUGCGGAGACGAAGAGGAGGUUGAAUUCUGGGGGGCUUCGUGGGUGGAUAUGGGUGGGCGGUCUGGCUCAAAGGGUGGGCGGUCUGGGGCAAAGGUUGCGCGGAUACUUCCGAAGAGAUGCAAGGCCUUUGAUUGACUAUGGAGAGGAAGAGCCGUUGUUGGGGUAG